AUGCAGAACCCGGAGCAAUUGAUGCCCAAGCACUUCUACGACCAGGCGCUCGUGAAGAUCGCGCGCGCCAUGGUGCACGGUGCACACUACACCGAUGUGGACGCCAUCGCCGCUGUGCAGCUCAUGUCCUUCGCCGUCUUCGUCAACAGCCGGGGUGACUGGCCCGCCCUGUUCGAGGUCGUGUGCGACUGGCUCGGGCAGAGCAGGACCCACGAGGAGCAGAAUCCCAAGCUCACGCUGCUCAACGUGAACUUCGCCGCGCGGUACGCGGCCAAGGCGACCAUGUUGAUCGACGUCUUCUCGAGCAUCACGUUGUGA